AUGACAUCCGACAUCUUCAAAGAAUGGGUGAAGAAGCUGGAGAAGAAGAUGACAAAAAAGAAAAAGAAGAUUGCCCUCAUUGUUGACAACUGCCGCGCCCACCCAAAGAUUCCUGGCCUCCAAGCAGUCGACCUGAGUCUCAAAGUCCAGUACCGGAAACGAGUUCUUCUGUGGUACAUCAGCGCUAUUGACAAAGGACAGACACCAACUAUCAGCGUCCUAGACGCUCUUCAUCUCCUCAGCCAGCCAUGGGACAACGUUACGCUGUCCACAAUUGCCAAUUGUUUCCGACAUGCUGGACUUGCUGCCCAGAAUGACAACUCAACCCCAAAUGAAGACGAAGACUUCGACGUAGAAGACAACAUUCCCCUUGCGACUCUAAGAACACACGGCCUAUACCCAGGAAUGCUCCAGACAUUUACAAAUAUCGACGACGAGGUCGAGACCUGUGCCGACCUAAGUGAUGAUGGCAUUGUAGAGGAAAUCUUGAUAAAGAAAACUACCGACCCCAUGGUGGAAUCACAGACAGUUGACGAUCCAAGUGAGCCUGUAAUCCAACCCCCUAACUCAGAGGACUCUGAGGCAGCCGGUGAACUUGUGAUGCAGUACCUAAUGUGCCGUGAAAACAGUCAAGACAUUGUGCGCCAGAUGAGUGUGAUUCUUGACAUAAUACGCAGAGACAAUGUUCUAAAGAAGUCAGCCCAGCAAUCAAGAAUUACAAUUUUCUUCCAGAAGAAGUAA